CUAAUAACUUUCCAGAUUCCGACCAAGCCCCGACUCUCUCUCUCUCCCCCUCUCUCCUCCUUAGUAGAAAAGAAGCACUCUUCUUUCCGAUCAACUUUCCUUUUCAGAUAACUCUUUCUUUCUCUUUUAGUUUUCUAGAUAAGGUUUGCAUUUGUGCUUAUUUAACAUUUUGUUUUACUUGGAUAAAAGAAAAUUACAAUUAUUGAUUUGCAACUUAUCAUUGAAGCAUAUGAUGUUUGCAUCCAAGUCAAGAAAUUUUAGUAACUAAUUAUUUCAACUUUCCCGGUAUCAAAAUUUAAUGGCUAGUUUUUAUGGGAAUUGGAAAUAGAUAGUUUGCUUAAUUAAGCUAAAGCAAUGAUGAUGAUGAUGGUAUAUAAGGGAAUGAGUAAUUGGUUCCUAUGUGGUUGUCUUUAGAUUUUCUUGGCAUUUUUGGAAUUCAAAGUUAACUAAUAUGGUUCGUGGAAGAGAUGCUUGUUGGGAACAUUGUGUUCUUGUGGAUGCAACAAGACAGAAGGUUAGAUGCAAUUAUUGUAAUAGGGAAUUCAGUGGAGGGGUUUACCGGAUGAAGUUUCAUCUGGCCCAAAUUAAAAACAAAGAUAUAGUCCCCUGUGCAGAAGUCCCAGAUGAUGUGCGAAAUCACAUUCAAAGCAUACUAAGUACUCCUAAGAAACAGAAAACUCCUAAGAAACAGAAGACUGAUCAAGCAGAAAAUGGUCAGGAUAAUAGCUCUUCUGCUAGUGGCGGGGUACAUCCUAACCGUGGAUCUAGUGGUCAACAUGGUAGCACCUGCCCAUCUUUGUUAUUUUCACGCCCCUUGCCCACUUCACAGCCAGUUGUGGAUGAUGCUCAAAAUGAAAAACAGAAUAAUGCUGAUAAAAGAAUUGCAGUGUUUUUCUUCCAUAAUUCUAUUGCGUUUAGUGCGGCUAAAUCAAUUUAUUAUCAGGAGAUGUUUGAUGCUGUAGCCGAGUGUGGGCAGGGAUAUAAAGCUCCAAGUUUCGAAAAGCUGAGAUCCUCCCUACUGGAGAAGGUGAAAGGUGACAUACACGACUGGUAUAGAAAAUAUAGAGACGACUGGAAAGAAACAGGUUGCACAAUCUUGUGUGACGGCUGGUCUGAUGGGAGAACCAAAUCAGUUAUUGUAUUUUCAGUUACAUGCCCCAAAGGGACACUAUUUCUGAAAUCAGUUGAUAUAUCAGGUCAUGAAAAUGAUGCUAAUUACUUGUUUGAGUUGCUUGAGUCAAUUCUUUUGGAGGUUGGCGUGGAAAAUGUUAUACAAGUAAUCACAGAUAGUACUGCCAGUUAUGUUUAUGCAGGAAGGCUUCUCAUGGCCAAGUAUAGCUCAUUGUUUUGGUCGCCUUGUGCUUCUUAUUGUGUCAAUAAGAUGCUGGAGGAUAUCAGUAAACAAGAGUGGGUGGGUACAGUCAUGGAAGAAGCAAACACAAUCACCAAGUACAUUUACAGUCAUGCGUGGACUUUGAAUAUGAUGAGGAGGUUCACCGGUGGAAGGGAAUUGAUCAGGCCUAGAAUUACUAGAUAUGUGAGUAAUUAUCUCUCUUUGAGGGCCAUUGUUAUCCAGGAGGACAAUUUAAAGCAUAUGUUCUCUCAUUCAGAGUGGUUAUCAUCCAUGCAUAGUAGACGUCCAGAUGCUCAGAUUGUUAAAUCCUUCUUGUCUCAAGACCGGUUUUGGAAGUUUGCACAUGAAGCUGUGAGCAUCUCUGAACCACUUAUUAAAAUUCUGAGGAUUGUUGACGGGGACAUGCCUGCAAUGGGGUAUAUAUACGAAGUAUUAGAGAGGGCAAAGGUUUCUAUUAAGGCGUAUUAUAAGGGCAUUGAAGAUAAAUAUAUGCCAAUCUGGGAAAUAAUUGAUCGAAGAUGGAAUAUACAGCUCCACUCCCCUUUACAUGCUGCAGCAGCAUUUCUCAACCCCUCAAUUUUCUACAACCAAAACUUUAAAAUUGAUUUAAGAAUGAGAAAUGGGUUUCAAGAAGCUAUGAUCAAGAUGGCUACCUCUGAUAUAGAUAAAAUAGAAAUCACCAAGGAGCAUCCAAUAUACAUAAAUGGUCAAGGUGCCCUUGGUACUGAUUUUGCAAUCAUGGGGAGGACACUGAAUUCUCCAGGUGAUUGGUGGGCUGGAUAUGGCUAUGAAAUUCCCACUCUGCAGAGAGUUGCUAUCAGAUUACUUAGCCAACCUUGCAGUUCCCAUUGGUGCAGAUGGAAUUGGAGUACCUUCGAAAGCAUACAUACCAAGAAACGCAACAAAGCAGAGCUGGAAAAACUAAAUGAUUUGGUUUUUGUGCACUGCAAUCUUUGGCUACAAGCCAUUUACCAAAGUAGGGUUGGAAAUUGUAAACCUGUUAUCUUUGAUGAAAUAGAUGUUAGUUGUGAAUGGCCUACUGAAUUGGAGCCUUCAACCCCUCUUUUAGAUGAUUCUUGGCUGGACAAUUUGCCCCUCGGCAGUCCUUGAAACUGUACAUAAAAGGAUUACCGAUAUAUUCAGUUAAUGGUUCUGUGAUGUUGUAUCUCGAUAGAGUAAUUCAUGGCGGUGCAUAUUUUGAGCUUCUUCAAGUUAUGGUUAAGCGAAGGCUCAGUUAGGUAGAGUUGUGCAUACAAUUCAAGAAGGCAAAACGCAGCCAUAGAGAAAAGCUCCACCUUUGUAGCUUUUUCAAUAGAUAGCAAUCUUAUUGCUCACAAAAUAAAUAAAUGAAAUAUUAUUCUCUUACCUUA